AUGUUAGGUGAAGAGGAGGGGGGUGGAAAGGAGGCGCUCCUUCUGUCCUGGGCCCCAAGCCUGCCAUCCUCCCCAGACCUGGAACCCGGCCCCCCAUGUUUUCUGGCCAGGCUGCCCCCCCAUGAAAGGCAAUGGGCCCAGCUGGAACCUGCUGCCUGGAGCCUGGCCUGCCCGUGGGGGAGGGGUGUGUGUCUGUUGCCAGGCGCCCAGGUUCCGCAGGCACUUGCCGCAGCUAUGCUGCUAGCACAGUCCUUCCUGCUGGUGCUGCUCCUGCUGGCCGUGCCUGCCCCCACCCACGCCUGGUCACGGCCCCUGUGGUACCAGGUGGGGCUGGACUUACAGCCCUGGGGGUGCCAACCAGACAGCAUGGAGAGUUGCUGGGAAAGCCUGGGCUGUCCCGGCCAUUUGAUGGGCCUGGGGGUGAACUAUGUCUACCCCGUGGCUGGAGUCACGGUCACCACUACCAUGAUGCUGAUGAUCGGCCGUGCGGUGCAGCGGCGAUGGCGUUUACAGGUUGCUAAGUUUGAGCAUCCACAGGUGACUACUGAUCCCUCUGGACCCUGGAAACAGCGGACCCCUAUGUCAGACCGUGCCUUACUCCUCGGGGUCCUGCACAUGCUAGAUGCCCUCCUGGUCCACAUCGAGGGCCACCUGCAGCAUCUAGCUACUCAGCAGCGAACUCAAAUAAAGGGGACUCCCUCCCAGAAUGGGUGACCCAA